AUGGGUUGUUUUGCAUCAAGAAUUGAUGAAGAAGAGAGGGUGAGAAUUUGCAAGGAGAGGAAGAUGCUGAUGAAAAAGUUGUUAAGAUAUCGGGAAGAAUUUGCUAAUGCUCAGUUGGCAUACCUGAGAUCGUUGAAAAAUACUGGAGUUACCCUUAGGCAGUUUACUGAAUCUGAGUCACUGGAACUUGAGGACCCCACUUCUGUUCCUGCAUUGCCUCCUUCCUCUUCGAGCCAUUUGCCACGUUCUCCUCCACCUCCGCCUGCUUUCAGCCCCGAUUUGAGAAAGUUUGAGAAACACCUGAAGGUUCAAGUUGCACAUGGAGAAAUAGUAGAAGUUGAUGAUGAGAGUAGUCACACCCCACCACCACCUCCAGUUCCUAACUCUACGUGGGAAUAUUGGGAUCCAUUUGCUUCUUCCAUGUUUGAAUGUCAUAGAAUUUGUGACAAUGUGGAGCAGGUUGAGGAGGAAAAUUGGGAAGAGGCAAAUACUGAAUUUGUGGAAGAAGAUGAUGAGGAUGAUGUUGUUACCACUGGCAAUGUUGUUAUGCAUUCCAGGAGGCAGCAGACUGUUGAACUGGUUGAUGAUGAUUCAUCAAUGAUGCGCUGGGAUUCAAGGGGUACUGCAGAUAAGGCUAUGGUUGUUUGGCGGAGUAAGACCUUGACCAGUAUUGCUAAGGACUUGGAUGAAUACUUUGUGAAAGCAGCAGGUGGAGUGAAGGAUAUAGCUGUUUUUGUAGAUAUCAGUAUGGGCGACGUAUUCCUUUUUCGUAGUGUAAAAGAAAACAAGAGGAACAGAAGCAGUUCAGCAAAAGUCUUUAGCUCCCUGGCAUGGAGUUGGUAUACUAAAUCAUUUCGCUCUACAAGAGACACUGGAGAGGUCUACGUCUCUGGUGAGCCGUGUAAGCCUGGAGCUCAUUGUAUCACCCUCCAAAAACUUUAUGUGGAGGAGCAGAAGCUCUACAAGGCAGUCAAGGAGGAAGAGAAUGCCAGGGUGGAGCACCAUAGAAAAUCUUCAUCUCUAGAUAAACAAGAGGACGAGCACGAUUUGGCUAAAUCUGGAAAAACUCGUUCAGCAGUUGAAAGUUUGCAGUCUUACAUCUUAUCUCUGCAACAAUCAAUCUGUCAGUCUCACUCAACCAUAUUAAAGCUAAUAAACGAGGAGCUCCACCCUCAGCUGAUUGCACUAUCUUCUGGAUUGAUGCAUUUGUGGCAAACUCUGUACAACUGCCAUCAAGUCCAGAAUCAUAUAUCUCUGCAGCUGAAUCAUUUAGCAAAUCAGCAAAACACGGAAUUUAGUAGUGAAUACCAUCGGCAGGCUGCAGCUCAGCUAAAAACAGAAGUGACUUCUUGGCACAACAGUUUCUGCAAACUCAUAAAAUAUCAGCAAGAAUAUGUAAGAGCUCUCUGCAAAUGGACUGAACGGACUGACUGCCUUAAAGAUGUUGACGGAUGUGGUAACUCAUCAUUGGUGCAUGCUCAUGCCCUUGCUGAAGAAUGGCUGCUUGCACUUGAUAAAUUACCUGAUAAGAUGGUAUCGGAGGCCAUUAAGAGUCUAUUAUCAGCUGUUCACUCAAUAGUCUUGCAGCAGCACGUGGAAAUCAAUCUGCGUAAAAGAUCUGAUAAGCUAGGAAGAAAAUUGGAAAGGAAACUUACUUCUCUUUCAGAAGUGGAAAUGAAGUUCAAGGGCAGCCUCUCUACUGAAGAUAUAAAUUCUGCCUUGACCUCAAAGAACCAGUUACCAACUAGGCGUGCUAAACUCAAUGCCCUAAAGAGAAUAGUGGAUGAAGAGAAGGCCAAGUACUGUAAAUCUGUCCAAACGACCCAAACCAUGAUUCUGAACAACCUACGAACAAGCCUUCCCAACGUGUUUCAAGCUUUAAUGGUGUAUUCAAAUGCUUAUGCUCAGAGCUUUGAGGUCAUUCUUAGAAGUGCCUCAAUAGUGGGACAUGACUACUUGCACCCUGAAACUUGA